GUAACUCAUCGAACAGAUCUCAUCGUCACAAAGCCCUUGACUUACUCAGUACCAUACUGAUAAAGCUUGCUACCGUAAAGCAACGGCAUUCUCCACCAUGGCCAAGUUUUCUGGCUUGAAGGAACAGGUUCCUACAGCUCCUCCUCCAGAAGAAGAUUUGGAGAAUCCGCGCCAGGAGAGCGCUAGCACAACUAUGAUGAACAGUGCCAACACUGCCACAACGACCGCCACCAUCAAGCAAGUCAAUUUCACGCCGUUGCAACUGGAACAAGUCAAGGAAGGCACCGCCGUGCACGCCAAGAAACAAAAGCAACAACAAAAGCAACAGCAAGGCCCGGAUGAUAAUAAUGGUAUCGUGGACGAUGACCGCUCCAAAAGCUCCGAUACCGUCGAGACACUGCGAUCUCUGACGCGCAUGGCCGGUGCCAGUACGAAGCGUGUCACCUUUUUCAUUUUGGUCUUGGGAUUGGCCGUGAGUGGCGCCUUUUUGGGAUUGGGAAUCUCCUCCGCCUUGCGAGCGCAAGAAGAAGCGUUUGAUCGCAAUGCCGUCGAUCUUGUCAACAAGAUUAGUACGUCCUGGUCCGACUAUGUCAACGCCGCCGCCAUUCUGCACGGACGCUGUCGCGGUAGAACGUUUUCUCGACAAGACUUUCGAGAAGUUUACGAAUAUCUCACGGGAGGAGGACUGCAAUUCCAAGCGGCGCAGUUUGAUCCCAACAUUACUCAUCAAGACCGGGCGUACUACGAACAAGAAGCACGAGAGUUUUAUGCACAGUAUUAUCCUCACAUUGACUACCGAGGAAUUAUCGGAUUCAACUACGACAAUUCCACCACACUCGAUCCUCGCAACAAUGCAUCCUAUUACUUCCCCAUUCAUUACAUGGAACCCGUCGUGGGCAAUGAACGAGCCAUUGAUCUCGAUUAUCACGCCAGUGGAUCCCGCAAACGCACCGUGCUCUAUUGCAUGGACCAUGGCAAACCGGCGCUCACCGAUCGACUCUUUUUGGUACAAGAAACUGUCGAAUCGGCCUACGGGGUCGUUCUCAUGCAUCCCGGUUACAAUCUUACUUCGUCGUCGUCCAGCAGCAACAAUAACGAGACGACAGUGUGGCCCAAAGACUUGGCAUCCAUUGUCAUUCGCAUUCCCGAUUUGCUGCGACGAGCCACGGACAAUCAGCAACAUCCUUCUUUGGUGUACGUUUUUGACAAGUCCGAUUCCAGUGGAAUACCGCUCUUUUUAGGGGGUGUCAAGAUUACCACCGAUGGGGACGAUACAGAAGAAGGAGAAGAUUCUAGUACCACACUCGAGUUUGUCCAAGAAAAAGAGUUGGAGGAAGUACAAGGAAGUUCGCACAUUUACCAGGAGUAUGACAUUGAAGUGGCCAACAAGCUCUGGACCGUGUCCGUUUUGGCACUGGACGGGACCUUUAAACCGGAUAUCGUCUUUGUCAUUGUCGGUGGAGUCUUUUUCUUCGUGGCCACCAUGGGGUUGGCCUACUGGGUCCAUCAAAACACACAUCGGGUCGCCAAAAUCAAUCGCUUAAAGGCAGAGGCCGAAGCGGAAAAGGCAGCUCUCAUUAUCGAGAGUGCACGAAAAGCGGCCGAGGCGGAGCGAGAACUCAAUGAUUUCAUUGCACACGAGGUUCGAAAUCCCGUGGCGGCGGCCAUGUCGGCCUGUAGUUUUGUCAAAACAGCUAUCAACAAGAAAGAACCGUUCAAGGAUCCCGAAUCCCUCGCCACCACAAGAGAUGAUGUGUUUAUUAUCGAUAACGCACUCAUGUUUGUGAACGACUUGCUUCGCAAUAUGUUGGACAUGCAUCGCGCGACAAAUAAUCAGCUGAGAGUGACGUUGUGUGCUACAGAUGUCCUGCACGAUGUUCUGGAACCAGUGCGAGCCAUGUUGACCCAACGGGGAGGCAAGGUCGAUGUUCAAAUAUCCUGUGAUCAGGCAACAUUUGCCAUGGCAGAUCGACUGAGGCUCAAACAAGUCAUGCUGAAUCUUGGUCGAAACUCUGCAAAGUUUGUCGAUGAAGGUUUCAUCCGAUUAACCGCCAAGAAAGUUGAUGGCGGAAUUGUUGAAUUGGCGGUGGAGGAUUCGGGCCCGGGGGUCCCCAACGAAAAGAAGAAAAUGUUGUUUCAGAAAUACCAAGAAAGUUUGGACAUGCUUAGUCAAGGAACGGGCAUUGGUCUUUUCCUUUGCAAGAAUCUUGUUGAUCUCAUGAAUGGACACAUCUACCUAGACGACAAUUUUGACUGCGGUUUACCAGGUUGCCCAGGUACACGUUUUGUGGUCGAAUUGCAGGUUCCGACGGAAGAUUGUAUGCCCAGCGAACUGGAACACUUAAUCCACGGCGAUGGCGCCAGCAAGAGUUUGGAAUCGACCGAGUAUCCCAGUGAGCUCCCAGCAAACCUGAAUCUUUUGUUUUGCGAUGACGAUCCGAUUUUGAGAAAACUCUUCAGUCGAACUGUUAGAACUGUGGCCCCUGGUUGGAACAUCCGUGAAGCGUCGAAUGGAGAGACGGCGUUGCAGUUGGUAGAGACCGUAAAGUUCGAUCUGAUAUUCAUGGACAUGUACAUGGCAUCUGUACAGAAGCAGCUCUUGGGGACAGAAACGGUUAACGAGCUGCGAAACAGAGGCGUUACCUGCCGAAUUUGCGGCCUUUCGGCCAACGACAAAGAGGCCGAGUUCUUGGAAGCUGGUGCGGAUGUAUUCACCUUCAAACCCUUUCCUUGCGAAAAGCGUGCUCUUCGCCAGGAACUGAUCCGAGUGUUGUACUCGCAAGCGGGGGAUCUUGACACCGAGAGAGGAGCGUAAGUCUGGGGGGGGGGAGGGCUUUUUCAAAAGCUUGGAUUUGGAAACUGAACUGAGAGUCUGCAUCAAAUCACCGAUGCGGUUUCAAGCAAUACAACAAUUCUCCCACUGCAAACUGGCUUUGCACAACACUCGUGGAUCCGACAUCACUCAGAACAGCAGAGACUUUCAUUUACUGCAUAUAAUCACAGGCUGUCUUGGCUCGGUACACCAGAGAUCGUCAUAGUUUUUCAUCGGAUCGAUUUGGUUCGAACCUGCAACCACAAUUUCCACUCAACGCACAGUGUUGCAGCCAGUGUGAACACUUGGGCUCUUCCCUUUCCCAUCAUCAGCCCUUUUAGUACCAUACACAGCUUUACAAAGAAUUCAUAAUUUGACCAUCAUUCACCAUUUUGAAAGCCCACGGCCAACAGCCCGUUUUUUUUAAAAACGCGGUACUGGUUACAAUACAACAACACGCACAUUGCGUACGUGCAAGGCUAAUAUUAUCCACUUUAUACCACCAAAG